GCUACGUUACAUGUUGUUUUGUUUUAGUUGCACGAUAUUUAGCUCUUGUUAAUUCGUAGUGAAAAGUCCGUGUAGCGUGCAUAGAAAUAUUCUAAUUGAUCGUAUGUUUACAAAAAAAGAAGGAUCGAUCAAGAAAUUCGUUGAAAAUAUUGUGAAAUGAUAUUAAUGUAACCUAACGUAUAGUAUCACUAUAUCAAGUGUGAAGCUAGAAUCUGUCAUUCAACUUUGUAAUAUAUAAACAUUGAUUUUGCAAUAUUACUAUAAACUAUUAUUUUUUAUUAUUAUGAAUAUUAAAUAAGCAGAAUAUGAAUUGUGUGAAAAAAAAGUGAUAACUACGCGCGAAAUUACGGACCUGCGCACUAACUUGGACGUUCCGAUCAGUUUGACAACAGUGUUUCUUUUAGUUAAACCUAACCUAUUGUGCAUUUUUUGAAAGACUCUCAUCUUAAGUGCAAUUGCUUUUUAUUUUUUUCAUUAAGAAUACCAAUAUCAAACGUGAAAAAUGGCAGCACCAGAAGCGAUACAAGUUAGUUCGCUACCCCUACCUCCAGUGCAAUAUAUUAAUUUGUACACAGACGAAAAUGUUCGUCGAGGCAGAGCACCACGACCACCACCGCCGAUACACGAUUCUUAUUCAAUGUUUGGAAAUGUAUUUAACGCAGACGAUACAAUCAUUAGGCCACUCGAAGCUCAAGGAAUUAAAAGGUUAUAUCCUCAGCAUUUCGAUCGGCGACGAGAGUUGAAAAAAUUGAAUCACUCAUUGCUUGUUAACUUCUUGGAUUUGAUAGAUCUGCUCGUACAAUGUCCUGACAGUCCAAGACGUGCUGAAAAGGUGGAAGAUCUCAGUUUAUUAUUUAUUCACAUUCAUCACUUGUUAAAUGAAUUCAGACCGCAUCAAGCAAGAGAAACGCUAAGAGUAAUGAUGGAAUUGCAACGCAGACAACGUAUAGAAACAGCACUUAGGUUUCAGAAACAUUUAGAAAAAGUUCAAGAAAUUUUACAACAUGCAUUGCAAAUGUUACCAGAUACUUCAGAAUUGGAUUCUAAAUUAGCAAUAAAUACAGAUGCUAUGGAAUCUGUUGAUAAUUUAGGUUCUGAACAACAAACUCCAGAUCCAUGUAGUCCAAGUGAUCGCAUUAUGUGCAAAACAAUAGAUGAUAUGAUUUCAACAAAUGGAUUGUAUUAAAUGAAUUUCUUUUCUUAUAAGAUGCUGUAAAAAGUAUUGUAAUUAUAUUUGUAAGAUACAUUGUAAUAAUAACUAUUCUACAAAUACA